AUUUGUGUGAUUUGGGUGGGUGUCGUGUGGAUUGGUGGCAGCAGCUACAAGUAGAACACACAGAGACAGUGCUCUUCUCUUCUCUUCUCUUCUCUCUCACCACCAUCACUGCUCCAACCACAACAACACAUCAAUUCAAUUCUAUCAUUUUCAAAUCACAACAACAACACUUUCCCUUCACUUCCUCAAGAGCUUGUUCUGCUUCCAGAUUUGGACAGAGUGCAUGUGAAUCAGGAAACCAUGACUUCUUCUACACAUGACCCCACAGUCCUAUUCCCAAAAGAGUGCAAAAUGUAAUAUCUGAAGCCUGAAGUUAUCAAACAAAUUGUUGUCCAGAUAACGAGGCUGAUGGACAGCAGCAGUCAGAAGAAUCACAGAUGCAGCCGAUAUCGGCAAAUGGAAUCUCUCAUGCUGGUAUUGAUACUCAGAUUGUUCAGUAUGCAGCACAUCCACCGCUUGGCACUGGGCAUGCUAUGGUACCACCUGCUUAUCCAUAUCCAGAUCCCUACUACAGAAGCAUCUUUGCUCCCUAUGAUGCACAACCUUAUCCGCCACAACCCUACGGUGGACAUCCAAUGGCCAAUCUUCAGUUAAUGGGAAUUCAGCAUGCAGGUGUUCCUUUGCCGACGGAUGCAGUUGAGGAGCCUGUUUUUGUCAAUGCUAAACAGUAUCAUGGUAUUUUAAGGCGCAGGCAGUCUCGUGCUAAAGCUGAAUCAGAAAAGAAAGUUGCAAGGAAUCGAAAGCCAUACUUGCACGAGUCUCGACAUUUGCAUGCACUGAAAAGAGCAAGAGGAUGCGGAGGAAGGUUUCUGAAUUCAAAGAAAAAUGAGAAUCAACAAGACGAGGUUGCAUCAGCUGACAAUUCACAGUCCAAUAUCAAUCUCAAUUCAGAUAGAAAUGACCUUGCACCAUCAGACAAAACAUCUUGAAAAAAAUUCAAAGAAAUGAUGAUGCUGUGGACUGCAAGGAUAUAUGCAUGUCAUGAGAGAAAUCACCAACCAACAGCAACCUCAGAUAUAUGUUUGCUGAUGUUUCAUUCUGGCUUUGUACAACCCCAUGUGUAUAGGUAUAGGUUUUGUGUGGUAGGUGUAAUGUUAGGGGAGGUUGCAAGACAAAGCAAGUACAAUAUAAAAUGAAGUGAUUUAUUUUAUCAAACAAAUGUUAUCUCCUAUGUGGUCUUUUGUAGGUGAGAUGAUAGGUGAGAUUAAUUGUUAUUGUGUGACCAUUUCUUUGUACUAUGGAGAGAUUAGAGAUUAUGAGAAGUUAUGAUGGUUUGUUUGGAUCAUGUUUAUUAAAUUUAGCUUGUGAGAGACAAGAUUAAAUGUUGUAGCAAGUUUAGAAGGCUAUAUAGUGGUUUUGCUUUGGUGGCA